GUAUUGACCCCAAAGUCUUCUCACAUUCUCCUGUUUCUUGAUCAAUAAUUGGUAUUGACCCCAAAGUCUUCUCACAUUCUCCUGUUUCUUGAUCAAACCAUCUUUAAUUUAGAUAACGAUGAGAUCAGAUUGUCUGUAAGAAUUUACUUGAAGGAGUAGGAGAAGGCAAUAGACAAGAAAAAUCGUCUCUUAUCAUCAACAAUAUUCAGCUUCUUCUACGUCUUGUUAGCUGAAGGAAAACACAUGUCAACUGUUCUUACGAUCUGUUGGAGAAAAGGGAGAGCACUUAUUGAUUCCGAUUCUUAGUGAUUGAGGAAGACACGAUAUGUUAACAGUCUGAUAUGGCAUCUUCAUCUGCUGUUGCUCAUAAAAGGAAGUAUGAUGUGUUCCUUAGUUUUAGAGGCAAGGAUACGCGCAAUAAUUUUACCAGUCAUCUCUAUGAUGCUCUGUGUCGUAAACAAAUCAAGACCUUCAUAGACGACGGGCUUGAAAGAGGAGAAGAAAUUACGGGUGCACUUCUGAGAACAAUUGAAGAAUCGAGAAUUUCAGUGAUAAUAUUCUCAAGAAACUAUGCAUCUUCUCCAUGGUGUGUGGAUGAACUGGUGAAGAUACUUGAAUGCAAGAAGGCAUACGGGCAGAUUGUUUUACCAGUUUUUUAUCAUGUGGACCCGUCUGAUGUUGAUGAACAGACAGGGAGUUUUGGGAAUGCGUUUGCUGAGCUUGAAAGAAAUUUUAAGCAGAAGAUGGACAAGGUUCCAAGGUGGAGAGCUGACUUAACAAGUGCUGCCAAUAUAUCCGGAUGGGAUUCACAGGUUACUAGGCCUGAGUCGAGACUCGUGGAACAAAUUGUGCGUCAUAUUUUGAAGAAAUUGAAUUAUGCAUCCUCAAGUGAUUUGAAGGGCCUGGUUGGAAUGGACUCACGUAUGAAGCAAAUCGAAGCCUUGUUAUGCACACAGUUACCGGAGGUUUGUUUUGUAGGAAUUUGGGGCAUGGGUGGUACUGGUAAGACAACCAUAGCUGGAGAGAUUUUCAACAAGAUCGCAAGGGAAUAUGAAGGUCACUAUUUUCUUGCAAAUGUGAGGGAAUCAGAAAAGAAUGGAGGAUUAUUUCGUAUGCGAGAUGAACUUUUCUCUAAAAUAACAGAGGAAGAAUAUCUACAUAUUCGCACUCCACGUAUUGGACUCCCUUUCAUUAAAGACAGGAUCUGCCGUAAGAAGAUUCUGAUUGUUUUCGAUGAUGUGAAUGAUGUAGAUCAAAUUGAAAUGUUACUUGGAGGAUGUGAGUCGUUUGGACCAGGAAGUAGAAUUAUCCUAACAUCUAGAGAUAAACAGGUGCUUAAGAAAUAUGCAGACAAAAUAUUUGAGGUUGAGGGACUGAAUAACCGGGAAGCUCUUCUUCUCUUUAGUUUGCAUGCAUUUAAGGAUAACCAGAGCCCAAAAAAAUUUAUGGACCUGUCUGUGAGGGCAAUAAAUUACGCUAAAGGGAAUCCAUUAGCUCUUAAAGUCUUAGGUUCCUUUCUAUUUGGCAGAACGACAGAAGAAUGGGAAAGUGCAUUUAAUAACGUUGAAAAACUAACUCGGCAAAAAGUUCAUAGUGUGUUGAGAAUAAGUUAUGAAGCACUUGAUAGUGAAGAGAAGAGUAUAUUUCUCGACAUUGCAUGUUUCUUUAGAGGGCAUCGAGUUGAUUUUGUGAAGCGGAUACUAGAUGGCUGCGGUUUCAAAACAGAUAGUGGAUUUAGUGUUCUCAUUGACAGGUGUCUCAUUAAAAUUUCAGAUGACAAGGUUGAAAUGCAUGAUCUUUUGCAAGAAAUGGCCCAUGAAGUUGUUCGAAAAGAAUCUCUUGACGAGCUAGGAGGACAAAGCAGAUUGUGGAGUCCUAAAGAUGUAUAUCAAGUGUUGACCAAUAAUCUGGGAACUGGAAAAGUUGAAGGGAUAUUCUUGGAUGUUUCAAAAAUAAGAGAAAUUGAGUUGAGUUCUACAGCCUUGGAAAGGAUGUAUAAACUUAGACUGCUAAAAAUUUAUAAUUCUGAAGCUGGGGUUAAAUGCAGAGUGCACCUUCCUCAUGGCCUCGAGUCUCUUUCUGAAGAGUUGAGGUAUCUCCAUUGGGAUGGAUACCCUUUGACAUCUUUGCCUAGCAAUUUUCGUCCACAGAACCUAGUUGAAAUUAACCUAUCAUCUAGCAGGGUUAACCAACUGUGGAGAGGAGAGCAGAAUCUCGUCAAUUUAAAAGAUGUCAACCUCAGCCAUUGUGAGCACAUAACUUUCCUGCCAGACCUUUCAAAGGCCAGAAACCUUGAGAGAUUGAAUCUUCAAUUCUGUAAAAGUUUGGUUGAGUUUCCUUCAUCUGUUCAGCAUCUGGACAAGCUUGUUGAUUUAGAUUUGAGAGGCUGCAAAAGACUAAUCAAUCUUCCCAGUAGAAUUAAUUCAAGUUGUCUGGAGACUCUGAACCUUUCUGGUUGUGCAAAUCUCAAGAAGUGCCCAGAAACUGCAAGGAAACUGAAAUAUUUAAAUUUAAAUGAGACUGCUAUUGAUGAGCUUCCCCGAUCAAUUGGGGAACUCUGUGGACUUGAGACGUUGAAUUUGAGGAAGUGCAAACUCCUGGUGAAUCUUCCAGAAAACAUGUAUUUGCUGACAUCUCUUCUAAUUGCUGACUUCUCUGGCUGCUCUUCUAUCAGCAGGCUUCCUGAUUUGUCAAGUGGUAUAAGAUACUUGUACUUGGAUGGAACUGCAAUAGAAGAACUGCCAUCUUCAAUUAGUGAUCUAUGGAAACUCUUUUAUUUAGAUCUAACUGGCUGCAACAGGCUGAAGAAUCUGCCGAGUGCGGUUUCUAAGUUAGUAUGUCUUGAAAAACUUAAUCUUUCUGGUUGCUCAAGUAUCACGGAGUUUCCAAAGGUUUCAAAUAAUUUAAAGGAGCUGUAUUUAAAUGGGACAGCAAUACGAGAGAUUCCCUCCUCAAUAGAAUGUUUGUUUGAUCUUGCUGAAUUGCACCUGCAAGACUGCAAACAAUUUGAGAUUCUUCCAAGCAGCAUCUGCAAGUUGAGAAAACUGGAGAGGCUUAAUCUCUCAGGUUGCGUCCAAUUUCGGAAUUUUCCCGAAGUUUUGGAGCCGAUGGUAUGUUUGAGAUAUCUCUAUUUAAAACAGACACGCAUAACAAAGUUGCCUUCACGGAUUGGAAAUCUGAAGGCACUUGCCUGCUUGGAACUGGGAAACUGCAAAGAUCUAAUAAACACCGAAUGUCUUCGUCGCUUGCAAUCGCCCAACAGAGGCAUGCGUUUAGAUUGUUUGCGUAAGCUAAAGCUAGAUGGUUGCAGUCUAUCGGAAGUGCCGGAUAGUCUUGGUUGUUUAUCGUCACUGGAAGUGUUAGAUCUAAGCGGAAACGAUUUUCGGAGAAUACCUAUAAGCAUCAAUAAACUCUUGGAGUUGCUAUAUCUAGGAUUAAGGAAUUGCAAGAAACUUGAAUCAUUACCGGAGCUUCCACCACGGCUAUCAAAGUUGGAUGCAGACAAUUGCGAGAGUUUGAAUCAUUACCAGGGCUUCCACCACAGCUCAUCAACUGCAGUUGAGGGGAACAUUUUUGAAUUCAUUUUCACUAAUUGCUCGAGAUUGCGUUGGAUCAAUCAAAUCUUGGCGUACUCAUUAUUGAAAUUUCAACUUUACACCAAAAGGUUAUACCUUCAGCUGCCCGAUGUUCCAGCUGUGCCAUCUAGUUUCUGCCUCCCUGGAGAUGCGACUCCGGAGUGGUUCAGCCAUCAAAGUUGGGGAUCUACAGUAACAUUCCACCUAUCUUCAAAUUGGGCUAAUAGCCAGUUCUUGGGUUUCUCUCUUUGCGCUGUCAUUGCAUUUGGUUCUGUCGGCCAUAGUUUGCAAGUUAAAUGCACAUAUCACUUCAGCAAUAAGCGUGGUGAUAGUCGUGACCUCGAUUGCUAUCUCCAUGGUUGGUAUGACGAGAAGCGCAUCGACUCAGCACACAUAUUGGUGUGGUUUGAUCCCUGUGUGGUUGCCAGAGAAGAUUAUAUGUUUAGUGAAUACAGUGAGGUCUCUGUUGAGUUCCAACCAGAAUUUAUAUACGGAAAUCCCUUACCAUUAGAUCUUUGUCAAGUACAUGAGUGUGGGGUCCGUCUACUGUAUGUAGAUGGGAUACAUAGCUUUGAUUUGAUCAGGUCAGGCUAUUUUUGUUUUUACCCUGUGAAUGGUGAUGAAUUGGAAACAAUGUUCCAAGCCAAGAGAGCAAGGUUCCAAGGCAUGAGAUGGGAGGAUUAUUUUGUCAUGUGUAGGACCUAUGAAUUCUUGGCGGACCUUCAGCUGCCUGAUGUUGUAGCCGAGCCAUCUAGUUUCUGCCUCCCUGGAGAUGCGACUCCGGAGUGGUUUAGCCAUCAAAGUUGGGGAUCUAAAGUAACAUUCCAGCUAUCUUCAAAUUGGACUAAUAGCAAGUUCUUGGGUUUCUCUCUUUGCGCAGUCAUUGCAUUUGGUUCUGUCAGUUAUGGUUUGCUUGUUAAAUGCACAUAUCACUUCCGCAAUAAGCAUGGUGAUAGCUGUGACCUCGAUUGGUAUCUCCAUGGUUGGUUUGAUGACCAGGGCAUCGACUCAGCAUGCAUAUUCAUGGGAUUUGAUCCCUGUGUGGUUGCCAAAGAAAGGGAUACGUUUAGUGAAUAUAGCGAGGUCUCAGUUGAAUUCCACCUGGAAAACAAUUUAUAUGGUUGUUAUGUGGUUGAGUGUGGGGUCCAUCUACUGUAUGACGGCGGGGAGUUUGGGCUCCGUCUACUGCAUGCCAAUGAUGAAGAUAAGAUACAACGCUUUCAUUUGAUAAUGUCAGACUCCUCUCGUUUUUAUCCUCUAGAUCGAGAUGAAUUGGAAGUAAGGUUCCAAGCCAAGAGAGCAAGGUUCCAAGCUGAUAGAUGGGAGGAUUAUUCUGUCAUGCGUAGGACCUAUAAAUUCUUGGCGGACCUUCAGCUGCCCGAUGUUCCAGCUGUGCCAUCUAGUUUCUGCCUCCCUGGAGAUGUAACUCCAGAGUGGUUUAGCCAUAAAAGUUGGGGAUCUACAGUAACAUUCCAGCUAUCUUCAAAUUGGGCUAAUAGAGAGUUCUUGGGUUUCUCUCUUUGCGCUGUCAUUUUAUUUCGUUCUGUCGGCCAUAGUUUGCACGUUAAAUGCACAUAUCACUUCCGCAAUAAGCAUGGUGAUAGCCGUGACUUAAAUUGCUAUCUCGAUGGUUCGUUUGAUGACCGGGGCAACAACCCAGCACACAUAUUCGUGGGAUUGGAUCCCUGUUUGGUUGCCAAAGAAAAGGAUACGUUUAUUAAAUACAGCGAGGUCUCAGUUGAAUUCCAACUGGAAGAUAAUAACGGCAAUCUCUUACCAUUAGAUCUUUGUCGAGUGAUUGAGUGUGGGGUCCGCCCACUGCAUGCCAAUGAGAUAUAUCGCUUUGAUUUCAUCAUGCAGAGAUACUAUCGUUUUUAUCCUCAGGAUCAAGAUGGAUUGGAAGCAAUGUUCCAAGCCAAGAGAGCAAGGCUCCAAGUCAAUAGAUGGGGGGAUUAUUCUAUCAUGCGUAGGACCUAUAAAUUCUUGGCAAGCCUUCAGAAGGAGCCUGAUGUUCGAGCAAGGGCAUAUAGUUUCUACCUUCAUGGAGAUGUGACUCCGGAGUGGUUUAGGCAUCAAAGUUGGGGAUCUACAGUAACAUUCCAGCUAUCUUCAUAUCGGGCUAGUAGCGAGUUCUUGGGUUUUUCUCUUUGCGCUGUCAUUGCAUUUGAUUCUUUCAGCCAUUGUUUGCAAGUUAAAUGCACAUAUCACUUCCGCAAUAAGCACGGUGAUUGCCAUGAUCUCUAUUGCUAUCUCGAUGGUUGGUUUGAUGACCAGGGCAACAACCCAGCACACAUAUUCGUGGGAUUGGAUCCCCGUUUGGUUGCCAAAGAAAAGGAUACGUUUAUUAAAUACAGCGAGGUCUCAGUUGAAUUCCAACUGGAAGAUAAUAACGGCAAUCUCUUACCAUUAGAUCUUUGUCGAGUGAUUGAGUGUGGGGUCCGCCCACUGCAUGCCAAUGAGAUAUAUCGCUUUGAUUUCAUCAUGCAGAGAUACUAUCGUUUUUAUCCUCAGGAUCAAGAUGGAUUGGAAGCAAUGUUCCAAGCCAAGAGAGCAAGGCUCCAAGUCAAUAGAUGGGGGGAUUAUUCUAUCAUGCGUAGGACCUAUAAAUUCUUGGCGGACCAUCAGCUGCCCGAUGUUCCAGCUUGGCCAUUUAGUUUCUGCCUCCUGAGGCCAUUUAGUUUCUGCCUCCCUAGGCCACCUAGUUUCUGCCUCCCUAGGCCACCUAGUUUCUACCUCCCUGCAGAUGUAACUCCGGAGUGGUUUAGCCACAAAAGUUGGGGAUCUACAGUAACAUUCCAGCUAUCUUCACAGUGGGCUAAUAGCGAGUUCUUGGGUUUCUCUCUUUGUGCUGUCAUUGCAUCUUAUUCUUUCAACUUUGAGUUGCGAGUUAAAUGCACAUAUCACUUCCGCAAUGAGCACGGUGAUAGCCAUGAUCUCUAUUGCUAUCUCCAUGGUUGGUAUGAUGACAAGGGCAACAAUCCAGCACACAUAUUCGUGGGAUUGGAUCCCUGUUUUGUUGCCAAAGAAAAGGAUACGUUUAGUAAAUACAGCGAGGUCUCAGUUGACUUCCGGCCAGAAGAUAUGAAAGGCACUUCACUAGAUUUUUGUCAGGUGAUUGAGUGUGGGGUCCAUCUACUGCAUGCCAAUGAGAUGCAUCACUUUGAUUUCAGCACGCAAUAUCACUUUGAUUUCAGCAUGCAAGAUCACUUUGAUCCUCAGGAUCGAGAUGAACUGAAAGCAAUGUUCCAAGCCAAGAGAGAAAGGUUACAAGGCAUGAGACGUGAUGAUUAUUUUGGCUAUGUUCUUCCCCGGAGCAUUAGAUGA